UUAGUCAUGUUAAAGCUACAGCACACGGAUGCAGUUCACAACAUUCACGAUUCAGAAUGCCAGUGAAAAUUCAUCUGGAUUAAGAUCAACCCAGCAGGUGUUGAGGUGUCUGUAUAGCAGAAGAGCAGUACCUUCCAUCAAUCAUAUUUAUUCCACAAAACCAUCUUUACCUCCAAAUCCGUUAGCAUGGGCUUAUAACAUCUCCAGAAGCUGCUCUACUUACUCAUCAGGUCAAAGCAGUUUUUCAUUGAGAAGCCACACGUGUGGAGAAUUGUGCUCCAGUCAUGUAGCUGAAGAAGAGGUUACUUUAUGUGGCUGGAUUCAGUACUUGAGGCAAGAUCUUUUUGUGAUCUUGAGAGACUUCAGUGGAUUGGUGCAAAUUCUUAUCCCACAGGAUGAGUCCAAAUCAGAACUGAAGAAUGCUUUUCUUGGUCUCACUGUGGAGUCGGUCAUCAUGGUUAAAGGAAAGGUCAGGCGUAGACCAGAGGGACAGGAGAAUAAGAAAAUGUCCACAGGAGAAAUCGAGGUCUGUGCUGAGAGCAUGGAAGUGUUGAAUACCUGCCGAAAGCUGCCAUUUGAAAUUAAAGAAUUUGUCAAAAAAUCUGAAGCCCUCCGGAUGCAGUAUCGCUAUCUUGAUCUUCGGUCACCCAGGAUGCAGUACAAUUUAAGACUGAGAUCACAAAUGGUGAUGAAAAUGAGGGAGUACCUUUGCAAUUUGCAUGGAUUUGUGGAUGUGGAAACACCAACACUGUUUAAGAGAACACCUGGGGGUGCCAAAGAGUUUGUGGUGCCAUCUGGAGACCCUGGGAAGUUCUACUCUCUUCCACAGAGCCCACAGCAGUUCAAACAGCUUCUUAUGGUGGCUGGCAUAGACCGGUACUUUCAGCUCGCUCGCUGCUACAGAAACGAGGGCUCCAAGCCUGACAGACAGCCUGAAUUCACACAGGUGGAUAUUGAAAUAUCCUUUGUAGACCAGGCGGGAGUCAUGAGUUUGAUUGAAGGCUUGGUCCAUUACUCCUGGCCAGAGGACAAAGGACAGAUUAAUGUUCCCUUCCCCUCCAUGACUUAUGAGGAAGCCAUAAGAGACUAUGGAGUUGACAAACCAGACACUAGAUUUGGGAUGAAGCUUGUGGAUGUCACCACAGCAUUCCAGGAAUCGCAAAUCGAGUUUAUCAAAGAUGCACUUCUUAAACCGAGUGGCUGCAUUCAGGCCAUCUGCGUCCCAGAAGGAACGAAAUACCUGAAGGGCAAAGACUUAGAGUUCCUGAAACAAGCAGCCAAGACACAGUAUGGUCAGGAGGUGAGUGUGGUUCCAGUAAGGGCAGAUGGUUCACUGAAAUCCCCUCUCAGCCGGCUGCUUUCAGACAUGGCCAAACAGCAGCUGCUCCAGAUGGCCCAGGCCAAUGCUGGAGACCUGAUCUUCAUCACAGCCGGACCCCGGGAGAACGUGGUGCGUAUCCGCUUCCAUUUUGUUCCGCAUCCUCACAAAUAUUCAUCUUCUCCGUGCCUCAGCUCUCGCUCGGGACUGGUGCAGAUGGUGAGCUUGGCACAAAAUAAUCCAGAGAUGCUUGAGGCUGCCCACCAUCCCUUCACUGCUCCAGUCCCCGAGGAUGCCCAUCUGCUGUACACCCAACCCCGCAAGGUGCGUGGCCAGCAUUAUGACUUGGUGCUGAAUGGCUGCGAGGUCGGAGGAGGUUCAAUUCGCAUCCACAAUGCCUCUCAGCAGCUGUACGUCCUGGACACAAUUCUCAAGGAGGACCCAUCACUCCUUUCCCAUUUAUUGGAGGCUCUGGACUCCGGGGCCCCUCCGCAUGGUGGAAUCGCAUUAGGGCUGGAUCGACUGGUGUCCAUCAUUGUAGGAGCUCCCAGUAUCAGAGACGUCAUAGCCUUUCCAAAAUCCUUCAGAGGUCACGACCUCAUGAGUCGUGCUCCAGACUUUGUCUCUGAAGAAGACCUGAAGCAGUACCAUAUUUCUGUAGUCUGGCCUAGCGCAGAUAUAGAAGGUCAGCAGGACAACUCAAUGUAAACUCUAAAAUGUGUGUUAAUAUGCGUAUGAUGUUACGUUUGCACGAGGAUGCAAGAUGGUUCGCAAUUUCCAUCGGCACCAUGCGGUCGCCAUCUGUGUCCAUGCCUUGAGAUGGACUUCAGAGCAGAAGCAGCAGGAUCACUUCCUGUCCUGGGAGAAUUGAGCACUAUCUUCUGAGCAAAAGUGAUAUGUGUGUCCCCCUCAUCACAAAACACUUUCUUCUGCCGCUUCAACAGAUCAGUCAUGUACUUUCUCAACAUAUACAUGAUCUGUAGUGUUUUCAACUGUACAUUUUUAAUUACAUUCGUUUCAGUGAAAAACUGGUGAAUUGUGAGUGUAAUUGAAUAUUCCAAUAGGGGGCAGCGUUGUUCCAUUGCAACCGUUUACAUUGCCCACCCCCCUUCACAUGUCAGCAUGCAUCAUAUCCUACAUUUUUUCUCCACCACCAGACAUACCAAAUAAAGCUACAUUUCAGUUUUUCUCAGCGAUGCCUUAUCUGCAAAAGCAGAUGCUCAUUUUUCAUGCCCAGGUACAGCUACUCAUUACAGCCAGUGUUGUUUUAAAGCAGACCUGUGAGUUGGCCGCCAAGCUGUGAACAUAGUUUUGUGUAAGACAUGCUGUUUUUGCUGUUCUUCCAAUGACUUUUCCUUAAGUACCCACUCAUUGCCUAUUUACAUGACUAUGUUUACUUGGAAGUGCCUGCCUGCGUUCAGUAGAUAUUUCCAUUAGUACUCUAGAGACAAUUGCUGUACCAAACCUUGGCUGUGAUAUAGAGCUCUUCAUUAAUAGUAUAUACAUGCGUCCCACAAAUCAAUUUUAAAAUUCUGGUCUGGGCUUUUAUCCUGUAGCCCUCUUAAAAAUGGAUAGUUCACCCAAACAUAAACAUUCUGUUCCAGACCAGCUUGAUUUUCUUUCUUAUGUGGAACACAAAAGAAGAUAUUUUCAAAAACAUCUCCAUGCCUU